GUAGAGAGGCGCGGGGUCGGUGCGGGGCCCGCUUUUCAGAACCUCCUGCGAUGGAGGCGGCUUUGCGGCGAGAACUUGGCACCUCGCUGCUUCGGCCUGCGGGAUACUCGGGGGGAGGCUGCAUCAGCCACGGCGAGAGUUUCCACACUGACCACGGGAAGGUCUUCGUGAAGCGCAACGACAAGGCCGAGGCCAGAAGAAUGUUUGAUGGAGAAAUGGCAAGUUUAGCUGCUAUUCUGCAAACACAGACUGUGAAAGUUCCUAAACCUAUCAAAGUUAUUGAUUUGCCAGAAGGUGGUGCUUUAUUUGUGAUGGAGCACUUGGACAUGAGAAGUCUCAAUAGACAGGCAGAAAAACUUGGGAUUCAGCUGGCUGAUCUUCAUCUUCAUAAUCAAAAGCUUGGGGAAAAGUUGAAGAAAGAUGCAAACGCUAUUGGUAAAAGUAAAAAUCAGACGGAUAUUCAGUUUAUGGAAGAGUUUGGGUUUCAUUCUGUCACUUGUUGUGGUUACCUUCCACAGGUUAAUGACUGGCAACAAGACUGGGUAAAUUUCUUUACUAGGCAACGAAUUCAGCCCCAGAUGGAUUUGAUUGAGAAGAAUUCAGGAGACAGAGAAGCAAGAGAGCUUUGGGCUCAACUCCAGGUGAAGAUACCCAGUUUGUUUGGUGAUCUGAAAAUAAUUCCUGCUCUCUUACAUGGGGAUCUGUGGGGAGGAAAUGUAGCUGAAGAUGAUUCUGGCCCUAUUAUCUUUGAUCCUGCCUCUUUCUAUGGUCACUCUGAGUAUGAGUUGGCAAUUGCUGGGAUGUUUGGUGGCUUCAGUGGUUCAUUUUAUUCUGCUUACCAUGGUAAAAUCCCCAAAGCACCAGGCUUCGAUAAACGGCUCAAGCUUUACCAACUAUUUCACUACAUGAACCACUGGAAUCACUUUGGUGGAGGCUACAGAGGGUCAUCUAUAAAUAUUAUGAAAAAUCUAGUGAAAUGAUUUGUGAAAUUUUUAUUAACUCUGCUUGGAAAAAUACAUUGGUUU